UUUUUUUUUUAAAGCUUUGGAUUGCAAGUUUUAACACAUAACAUGAUAAAUGCACAUUUAAUUAAACAUGAUGUAUGAAAAGUGUCUUCCUUUGGCUGUUAUGUGUUUCUCUGCAUUCACUUAUAGGUACAUCCCCUUAAUUCUUCUACAUUCCAUCCUCAUGUUUAGCAUAUAAAUAAAAAGUUAAAAGUCAAUUCAUACGUAGAGGAUUAAUUGAUUAUUAGGGAAUGGGCCUCAGUCAUUGUAUAAAGAAUAUGAAAUGUAUCCAUUCACAUAACUGAGAGACUCCCUAACAUGGAUGCUGUUGUAUAAAAUGUUGCUGCUUUUCUCUUUGUAGUUAAAAGUAAUAUUAUUGGUUAUCUGCAGCUAUUUUGUUAUAAAUGCAAAGUCUUUUUUUUGUGUGUGUGUGUUUUUAGAUGUCUGAACUUUUAAAUCAUGCUUUGUUGGAGCAAAACGCAUCUAAGACUUGCAGGACACUGGCUGAUCAGUACCACAGUUGCCCAUCCUUAAUAUUUUUGCAGCAUCUUUACACUUUAGUGAUUUCAGUGUGUAUAAAAAAAUUUAAAAACUCAUAAAUAGUUGGUUUUACUAAUGGUUUGCUUUGAUGGAAGAUAUUUUAACAUUUUACUGCUCGAAUAAACGGAUUUAGUCAAAAUGUAUUAGAUUUAAAGUAGUUGGUGUUAUAUAAUGUAAUAUUUUUGUGUCUUAGAUUGACUCCUUAACCCUUUUAAUUUAGAUUUAAAUUGAUGCUACCCAGCUGUAGCUUUAAGGGGCAUUAAGCGCCUAUUUUUUGGGUGGUAUAUGUUCUGGAGUUCCUGCACACACUCCGUCCAGCCCAGGUAAGAUUUGGUGAACGAUAACCCUGCCCAGCUUGACUGAGGAUGUGUUUUCUGUCGCCUCAGUAAAAAUUGCCAGGGGGCGAAGGUGAAGGUCCAGACACCAGCCCAAACUGAGCCCAGCCCACAGUGUCAAACGUCAGGCAGACGAGAUCCCCGCACACAGACGCUAUGGAACGUUCAUCCUCCACUUCCAGCCUCAUGGCCAGCAGCAACGUCACCAAUAAGACCGACCCGCGCUCCCUCAACUCCCGGGUCUUCAUCGGCAACCUCAACACCCUGCUGGUCACCAAGGCGGACGUGGAGGCCAUCUUCUCCAAGUAUGGGAAGAUCGUCGGCUGCUCUGUCCACAAGGGCUACGCCUUCGUUCAGUACGCCAACGAGAGGAACGCCCGGGCCGCCGUCACGGGCGAGGACGGGAGGAUGAUCGUCGGGCAAGUUCUCGACUGUAACCUCGCCGGAGAACCCAAACCGCACCGGUCCAAAACCUCCAAACGCUCGGCUGGAGACAUGUACAGUAGUUCCUCGUUUGACCUCGACUAUGAUUUUCAAAGAGACUACUACGACAGAAUGUACUCGUACCCGUCUCGCGUCCCCGCGCCGCCGCCGUUGUCGCGGGCCGUGAUCCCGUCCAAACGCCCGCGGGUCAGCCUGAGCGGAGGGAGCAGCCGGCGGACCAAGAGCAGCUUCUCCUCUUCGUCAAAGAGCAGCCAGAGGACUUCGUCGUCCAGAACGAUGAGGGUGGAAGAGCUGCAGACCAUCAAGCGGGAACUGUCGCAGAUUAAAAGCAAAGUGGACGACCUGCUGGAGAGCCUGGAGCGAAUGGAGAAGGACCACAGCAAGAAGUUUGCAAAGAGCAUAAAGCCAGAGCCGGGCGAGGUGACCUCACCGCCGCACUCCAGCAGCAAGAAGAACGACGGCAUAAAGAGAGAGAGGGAGAGCCAGGACAUGAACAACUCGGAUGAGGAGGAAGAGGACGACGACGAUGACGAGGAGGAAGAGGAGGGAGACCUGCUGGAGGAGGAAGAGGUCAAGAGUCAGGAGAGGGAGGAAGAAGAAGAGGAAGAGGAGGAAGGCGAACACGUGGAAGGAGACGAAGAUGAUGGCGACAGCGUGAACGGCGACGACGACUCGUAGGCGGAGAUUCGGCGCGGCUUCCAGAAGGAGCUCCGACUCCUGUUUU